CGGCGGACGGGUAGCAUCGGUUCUAGGAUGCGAGGGUCAUCUCCUCCCGGGCAGGGGUCAAAUCCUCGGGAAUCCGAGACAUCUCGUCCAGCCAGCUGCCCCAAACGGGGCGCAGGCCAUUGUCACCAGUCUAGGAGACUCCGGAGAACCGCCACUCCGUCCCUCUCCGGUGCAGAAAGCAAGCUUCCCCUGGUCCGCUGGGAAGAUUCCUGGCUAUCCACCAGACCGAGGCAUCUGAGGGCAGGAGAUGAGCCAAGCAUGCGGGAUAGAACAGUGGAGAGCACUUUGUUCUGAUUGCCUGUCCUCCCCACCCGAACUCUGACUCGGCGCCGCACACUCCCCCCGGGGGGGACGGAGGGGGGCGGCGCAGUCACGCGCGCCCCACACUUGCGCUCACAAGCACGCAAGGCUCUCUCUCUCCGCCCCGCACACCUGCGCUCCGCCCCCUGGUCCCGGGCUGGCGACUGGAGAAGGCAUUUGGGAACCUAGGGCGGCUGCGGCGGCGCCCCCCCAUCCCCGUUUCCUUCCCCUUCCCACAGCCGGAGUUGUCCGGAGCCAGCCGCAGCUCCCAACCAGCCCGCAUCCCUCUUCAUCCUUCCCUCCCCCCGCCUGCCGCGGCACCGGUAUCUGCAGCCAGAGCCCGGAGCCGGUGAGGCGGCGAGGGGGGGAGGGGGAGGAAGCAAGGGAUGAGCGCCGGGAGGGCGUCGGGGGCCCUAAGCCGGACUAGGACGUCCCUGGAGACGGAACCCGAGCCGGAGCCGGAGCCAGAACCAAGCCACCGUGUCCUUGGGAGGGACGGAAGCUCAGGACAAGCUGGAAAGGGGAACGCUCUGGGCGUCGGGGAAGCAGGAUCAGGGUCGUGGAAGAGGGCUUGCGCAGCCACCGUCUGGCACCCCUGCCCCGGACCAGCACCCCUGUCCCUAGCUGCAGCCCCCUAACCCCAGGAGGCGCCCUGGCCCGCGCUCGCCCCCCAGGGCCUCAUGUCGGAACCACAGCCUGACCUGGAGCCGCCCCAACAUGGGCUAUACAUGCUCUUCCUGCUUGUGCUGGUCUUCUUCCUCAUGGGCCUCGUAGGCUUCAUGAUCUGCCACGUGCUCAAGAAGAAGGGCUACCGCUGCCGCACGUCGAGGGGCUCGGAGCCCGACGAUGCCCAGCUCCAGCCCCCUGAAGACGAUGACAUGAAUGAGGACACCGUUGAGAGGAUUGUUCGCUGCAUCAUCCAAAAUGAAGCCAAUGCUGAGGCCUUGAAGGAGAUGCUGGGGGACAGUGAAGGAGAAGGGACAGUGCAGCUGUCCAGCGUGGAUGCCACCUCCAGCCUGCAAGAUGGAGCCCCUUCCCAUCAUCACACAGUGCAUCUGGGCUCUGCAGCCCCUUGUAUCCACUGCAGCCGCAACAAGAGGCCCCCACUUGUUCGUCAGGGACGCUCCAAGGAAGGAAAGAGCCGCCCCCGGCCUGGAGAGACCACCGUGUUCUCUGUGGGCAGGUUCCGGGUGACACACAUUGAGAAGCGCUAUGGGCUACAUGAGCAUCGUGAUGGCUCUCCCACGGACAGGAACUGGGGGUCUGGUGGAGGGCAGGACACAGGGGGUAGUCAGGGGUCUGGGGGAGGGCAGCCCAGGGCAGGGACACCUGCCAUUGAGAGUGUGCCCCCUGAAAGGCCACAGCCCCCAGGCCUCGCCAGUCCCCCAGCGCAGAAUGGAGGACUCAGGGAUGGCAGCCUAGUCCCUUGUGCACUUGAGGGGAACGCUAGAACCUUCACAGAGCCCAUGUCUGGGGCUGGAGAGAGGGGCCCAAGCCCAGGACUGGCCAGUCGAGAGGCAAUUGGACAGUCAAGCAAACUGGACACCUCAGAUCACCAGGUGUCCCCACCACGGGGAGCAGGGGGUGUGUGAGGUAAGUCUGCCUGGGCCCCAAAUCAGAUAAUCUCAUCUUCCCACCCCCUACUUACACCACCUAAGCCCAUUAGCUCACUGUACUCCCCAGGAUGGACUUUGCUGCAAAUUCCUUGGUUUAAGUGGUGGGGAGUGGGCAUGUGCUCCAGCAGACAGGGAAGGUCCUACAGCCCCCCGGGGGAAAGCUGAGACACAUCCUGAAUAGAAAGCAACAUUGUUACCCUUCCUCUCCUCCAAGCCUCCUUCUUCAUUGUGAUGAUGGACUACCAGCUGGCAGGGCCAGGGGGUGGGCGGGCAUGAAGGCCCUCCUCUCCACUGGACAGCACUGCCCCCACCUGAGGAACCAGCUCUACUUCCAUCUGGAGUUGCAUGGCCUCAGGCUGGGGGACCUCGGGAGAAGUCUCAAUCCCAUCCCUCAGUCUCUUUCACUUCCCCUGCCUGCCAACAGGCCGCCUGACCCCUUCCCCAUUAUCUCGCUCCAUUUGCUAGAGCGUGGCAGCUGGGAGCAGGCCCCUGCCCUUGGUGGGCCCCUAAAGCAAUAGCACCUUAGGCCCCCUGCCCUCUUGGCAAAAGAGGUCCAGGCCCUGGCUUGGGCUUAGUGCCCUUUAUUCACUGUCAAUAAAUCCGCUCAGACCAUUACA